AUGGUGAGCACGACCCUCCCCUGCACAACAGCCAGCAGCCUCGGCAGCCUCGCCGCCGCCGCCGCCACACCGGCGACGAGGCGGCCGAGACUGGCAAUUCGCCGCUCACGCGCGCGCGGGCGCCUCACUGACGCGCUUCUUCUCCCGCCACCCGCAGACCACGAUAGGUCGCUGUGGCAUGUUGCGCAGAGGGACUGGAAGCCCCUGCCCGUCGAGACCACGCAGGCCAACGUCGCGCUGAGGGGCGAGCGCGUGGACUUCCCGCUGGAGAACGGGUGGGCUGGCGUCCCGCUCCUGUCGGCGUGGCAGAUCGCCACGUACCCCCAAGACACAACUCUCUGGAACAAGGACGAGUACAUCCCCUGCCCGGUCACGGUGUCCAUCCAGCCGACACGGACGUUCCACUCACCGUGCGCGGGCCCACAGUUCCCGGGGUGCCCGGCCCACCGCCCCACGACCUUCGCGCCGAUGCCGCGCCAGCUGCUCGCGUACCGGCUCGCUGAGAGGAUCAUCGACGUCAUCAACAAGGACGAGCCCGCUUACAAAUGCGCUGUCACCGUCCGUCCGGAAUACGUGCGGCUUAAAGCCAUCCAGCGCUUGACCCAGGGCACCUGGGGGGUCGAGCUCGAGAUCUUUGACAGGUCGUAG